AUGGGGUCACUCAGAAGAACAAGCACAUCACUACCUCGGCGGUAUACCGAGACCACCAUCGCCAUCACUGCCACUGCCACCAUCACUACCACAACUGCCACACCUGCCACCAUUGCCACCAUUACCUCCAUUACCUCCAUUGCCAUCAUUUCCGAGGCCUAUGCCUCCUCGUUCUCUAUCACCUUCACUUGGGCCUUCUCAGCGGUACAGAAGCAACACAGCACUAAGAGGAGGGGGCCUGCUACUCAGAAUGAUUCGGGCAUUUUUGACCAGGCCGAUACUCACUAA